AUGGCCACUCUGUUUACUCGUAGAUUUAAUAAAUACAAUAUACCACGUGUAAUAAAUAAUACAAAAGUUCACAAAAUAUAUAGAGAAACAAACAAACGUCACGAAGACGAUCUAUUUAAGAUCUAUAACAAAGAGCUAGUAGCAUUUCCAUAUGAAGAAGAUAAAUAUAAUGAAUUGUUAAAUAUAAAAGUAAAUAAAGAAAAAAGAAAUAUAGCUGAUUUCUAUUUUAAUCCAAAUAUAUAUAUAAAUGUACAUAAUAAUAAAAUAAAAAAUUUAGAGUUCUCAGACUUUAAUCUUGAAAAUGUAGAUAAGUAUUUCUUAUUUGAAAAGGAAUAUUUAGAUACUUAUUUUCCUGAAGGCUUAGCAGGAGAAUUACCAAAAGAUAUUUUAAUGCACAAUACAGAUAAUGAUAACUUUGAUAUAUUUUUAAAUAAAACAAGUAAAGAAAAUUCUAAAAUAAAGAAUAGACCUAAUGAUACAUUUAAUUCAUCAAUACCACAAAUACACAACUUUGAACAUCUAAAAGGUAUAGGAAUCCUUUACAGAAAGUUGACGCAUGAAAUUAUAAAUGAAUUGAGGGUUUGUGAAAAAAAAUACAAAAUAACGAGCCAACGUGAAUCAUAUAAUUUAGAUAAAUACUUUUUAGGUAAUCAAAAUGAUGAUGCAUAUUAUGAUAAUGCAAAAAAUGAUGUUAAUACUUGUGUAAAUAGUGAUGAAACAAAAAGUGAUAUAUAUAAAAGUAGAGCAAUAUUAAUAGAUGGAAAAAGAGGGACAGGAAAAAGCUGCAUAUUGAACAGUAUUGUUUUAUGGGCUAAACUUCGUUCUUGGAUUGUUAUCUUUGUCCCAGAUAUAAAAAAAUAUAAAUUUGAUAUAAACACUAUUGUUAGGAGUAAUACUAAUUUAUAUAUACAACCUGAAUUAAGUAAAGAAUUUCUUGAAAAUAUAUUAAAAGUUAAUGAAAAAUAUUUAAAAGAAAUAAAAAUAAUUAAAGAAAUUUUAUAUAAUACAUGUUUAGAUGGUACACAUUUGCUUUAUAAUAAAAAAAUAUAUGAAGAUAUUAUUAAAAAAACUAUAGAAGAAGAAAUAGCUAAUGAUAAUAAUUAUCCUAAAUUAAAUGAAAUAGAACAAAAUAUGUAUAGACAAAAAUUAUAUAAGUUUUAUCAAGAUAAUAUUAAAAUACCAAAUAUUUUAGAUAAAUUUUCUAUACCUCAAAAUCUAGUAGAAUUAAUAAAUAUAGGUAUUAAUAAUUCUGCCUAUUCAAAUCUAUGUGUAUACAUAUUAUUUGAGCAUUUGAAAAAACAAACACAAUUCCCUAUUUUAAUAGCUGUUGAUCAAUUUAAUUACAAUUUAAGUGUUUCCGAAUACUUAUCCAUCAAUUUUGAAAAUACAAAAUAUAAUGGAUAUAUUCCUACUUAUUAUUUUACUAUACCAAAAUUAUUAUUACAAUGGAAUACUUCAAAAUAUAAAAGAUGUGUUAAAAUUGUAUCUACUUGUUGGGAUAGAGAACAUCGAAGAAAUUUUAGACCAGAUCUUCUUGGAAUUAAUAAAAAAGAAAUUAAAACUCUCCGAAAUUUUACUCUCAUUGAAUUUAAAAAUUAUGUUUCUCACCUCUUCAAUCAAAAUGUUAUAUACAAUUUUGACAUUGAUAAAUUGGAAUAUUUUUACAUGUUAACAGGAGGAAAUGGUUUUCAGGCAAGGAAGCUUCUAACAACUCUAUACUAA